CCACCGCAUGAACAUGUGGUCAGCUCAGAUGUCUCCAAUGUAAAUAUGUUCCAAAUAUAGUGCUUUAUCAGAAUGGUGGUUGUCACUGUGCGAUUAAUCAGGUCCUUUGAGCACCGGAACAUUCAGUACUUGGUGAUGAAGGAUGUGGAUACUAGCCAGACAGUAGAACAGUUCAAAGAAAAAAUCAAAGAUGUGAUAGAAAAGAAGCCAGGUCUGCCACCACCUUUCAGGAAAUACCUUUAUGAUACUCUGAAGAUAUCUCACAAGGCUCAUGGUGCAAAGGCGAAUGUGUUAGUGAUUGACACGGAGCAUGAUGACAUCCUCAUACUGAAGGAUGCGAGGACACUGGCUGAGUGUGGAGUAGAAAAUGAAACAGAACUUUCAUUCUUCAAAGCAGAAGAUUAUUAUCAAUUCCAGAAAAAUCCGAACACAAAGUGGUGACUGUUGUGGGGAAACAGGAACAAACUUUUUACUGACCCAAUCUGUCGAUGCAAAUUUUUACCCUGUUUUUGCCAUUCACAUUGCAAGCUGCAUUUCUACAUGGUACAUUUAUGCUGGCCUACAGGAUUUUUAAUACUUCUCACAUUCUUCACUGAAUGUUUUAGUAGAGUUGAUUUUAGAAAAAAAAAACUAUUUCAAAAGGAAGUCAAUGUGUAGUAUGCAUAUAAAUUAUUACUAGCUGCAUUUCUACCAUGUAUGCUGGUCUACGUUCGCAGUUUCUUUAAUGGUUCUCACAUUCUUCACUGAAUGUUUUAAUAGACUUGAUUUUAGAAGAAAAAAAAAACUGUCUUAAUUUGUUUGCAAAAAGAAGUCAACGUUUAGUAUGCAUAUAAAUUAUUACUAGCUGCAUUUCUACCAUGUAUGCUGGUCUACGUGCGCAGUUUCUUUAAUGGUUCUCACAUUCUACACUGAAUGUUUUAGUAGAGGUGAUUUUAGAAAAAAAAAAGUGUCUUAAUUUGCAAAAAGAUCAUUCAGUAUGCAAGUAAUUAUUAGUGUCGCAUGUGAAGGAGAAAGUGUAUAGUUCAGGGAAGAUCAGUUGGUGUACAUUACACAUACCUGUACAUAUAUCAUUCCUCAUACUUGUCUAUUCAUGCAGUUCAGCCUAUAUCCUUGUGUCAAUCUGAAAAAAUGCUGAAAUAUUUAAAUGUGGCACCUUUAUAUAUAUACCUGUACAUAUAUAACAACUGUUUAUCUCUAUAGAAUAAAUAAAUUUUUGUGCAGAUAUGCUAUAACACACUUAGUCUGGUUUUGAUCUGAUGAAAACUAGUACAAGUAUUAUAGAGAAGUAAGAUCAGUAGGCAGUAGUGAAAUUUUUGGUUGUC